AUGGUCGACAUUGUCUCAAUCAUCAUUGCAGUUGUCUCCCUGAUUGGAUCUCUUGUUGCAGCAGGCUUCACGGGAUGGAUCUCAUUCUACAUAGACCAAGUCAAACGACGCUCCGAAGCCAAAGCCUUGGUCCAUAAAUAUCGAGAUCCUCUGAUGUUAGCGGCUUAUGACCUUCAGUCAAGGUUUUGGGGCCUUGUUCAGCAGAACCUUCUCCGCUACACCGAGGAUGAAAAUAAGAAAGAUCUCAUAUAUGUCUACACUGCUUUCUUGGUUGGGCAAUAUCUUUCCUGGACAUACAUCCUCCGUCGCCAAGCACAGUUCUUGCGUUUCUCUAGCGACAAGACCAACACGCAACUCAACCAAAUUCUGGACACUGUUACAAAUGAGUUCAGCUUGGACAGACACAAGGGAGAAGAUCCCUUCAUGCUUUGGCGUGGGCAGCAGAUGGCGAUAGGAGAGUUGAUGACUGUGUCAGCAGGAGAGGAAGGGCAGCUCUACUGCAUGGGAUUUGCCGCUUUCGCAGUCAAAUACAACAGUGAUCCGGAUUUCAAAAAGUGGUUCCACCCAAUUGAGACGGGCAUUACACUGCUGGUGGAAGCAAGUGCACAAGGAAAUUCUGUGGCAAAUUAUAGGUUGCGCCGACUCCAGCACCUACUGGUUGACUUGGUUCUUCUUUUGGACGAGGACCGUAUUGCGUCGGGACAAAACAAGCAGUUGAAGGUGGACGCUGCACAUUCGUGUAGUUGUGAUAAGUGUCCUGGCGUCAUUGUUACAGAGUCUCCUUCUGUAUCUCCGAUUUCGAAGCUCCCUGAGCCAUAA